GUAAAAAUACUGAUAAGAUAAAUGGUUCUUUUAACUUCCUUGUGGUAGAAGCAGAAAACAAUUCACAGUCUGCAACAAAUUGAUAUCAAGCUGGAACCACCUCAAUCUUCAUCUACAAAAGACAGUAAGACGAGAACUCUGUACAGGUUAUGGCAUCAUUACAUAGUACAUUAUGUGGUGUAUGUGCAUCGCAACAUGUGACGACAGACGCCACCUUCUGGUGUCCUGAAUGUGAUGAAGGUUUGUGUUCAACAUGCUUAAAGUAUCACAAUGCUGUCAAAUCGUCAAGAAAUCAUGAGGUCAUACCUGUUGAUAACUACAGGCAGCUGCCGUCAUUUGUAGCCAGCGUACAACAAUACUGUUCCGACCACGACAAAAAAUACCAGCUUUACUGUUUACAACACGAAAGUCCAUGUUGUCCUCAUUGUGUAACAACCACACACAAGACAUGCAACUUAACGGCACUGGAUGAAAUUGUUAAAACUUCCAAAACGUCCGCAUUAUUUGACAAUUUGGAACAAAGUCUGGAAGAUUUAAAGGGAAAUCUAAAAAGAAUAAUAGAUGAUCGAGAAAAGAAUGUAUCAAAAGUACAACAGAGCAGGGAGAAAAUACAGUCUGAAAUAAAGACCAUGCGCGACAAAAUAAAUAAACAACUCGACAGUAUUGAGCAAAAAAUACUGCAGGAUUUGGGGGAUGUAGAAAAGGGAGUUAACUCAGAACUACGAUUUAUUCAAACAAAACUUCUCGAUCAUACCAAAACCGUAGAAGAGCUACAGACCAAUUUUUCUGCAAUUAAGAAAUAUGCAUCUGAAUUGCAGGCUUUUGUUGGAAUGAAGAAAAUCGAGACGGAUAUAGAACAUGAAGAAAAGUUCAUAGAGUCAUUGUUGGAAGAUGACAGUCUCCAACAAGUUGAUAUCGUCUUUAAAGAGAACCAAAAACUAACCGACAUAUUCUCAAUUGCAGAUUAUGGAAAAAUAUCCCGGAUUGCAAGUUCUCAAAUAGUUGCCGUAAAGCUUGAGAAAAAUAAGCAAGCCCAAUUCUUGGUCAAACCUUCUGUCGAAAAGAAAAGAAUAAAUGAUAUCAAUCUGUCUUUGCAUAGAAAACUUAAAAUACCAGAACUUAAUAUCCUAAGUAUGUUUACAGGGUGUACAAUCACACCUACAGGUAAGAUAGUUCUUGUGGACUGGAAUCAUCACAAUGUGUUUAUUCUCAGCGAGAACGAGUCAUUAGAAUGUAAAAUAAAUGUAUCAAAUCAGCCUGUAGAUGUCACUUGUAUUGAUGACAAAACUAUAGCAAUUACCUUUAACUAUACGUAUGGUCCUUAUAAAAUCGAGACAAUAAACAUAUCUUCUAAGCAAAAAGAGAAAGAAAUUGAAACUUCAAAUUGUUGUUAUGGAAUAACAAAUGAACAAGGAAGGCUAGUAUUUUAUUCUUUAGGAAAAGGUAUUCAGUCUGUAGAUUUUUCUGGUAAGGAUCAUUCCACUAUAGUUAAGGAACCAAAGAUGUCUGACUGGAAUUAUGUUACAGUUUCUGGUGGUAAACUUUAUCAUACAAACCGUUCAACUGACACCGUCACAUGUUACACAAUCACAGGAGAGCAGAUUUGGGAAUAUAGCGAUAAAUCAUUUCUAAAGAAUAUAUGUGGUGUCACUACUGACAAGGACGCCAAUGUUUAUGUUGCAUCCUAUGGAAAUCACAGUAUCGUCGUUAUAUCACAAGAUGGCAAACACGCUAGACGUCUUAUUGGACGAGAGGAUGGUUUAUCUCAACCGUGGGGUAUUUACCUCGACAAAACGAGAAACAAUCUGCUUAUAGCAUGUUAUAAUGGAGACGUUCAUAUGUAUAAGGUGUCAUGAAAACUUACACUCUUUUGAGUUUUUAACAUUAAUUGUGUGCUUUCUUGACUUGUAACUAGUUGUACAUUCCUUGUGGAGGUCAUGCAAAUAUACCAAAAGCUUAUAUACAAAUUCGAGAAAUUAAUUUAACAAGUUUCUUGUCUUGGGGAGGGAUAAAUUCUUCUUUGUAAAGAAUCACUCUAAUUAAAAAAAACACUCUGAAACUGACAUUAUCAAAAUGCUUGAUUUGUUGAUUGAUAACAUAUUUGUUAGGUUUGGACUGUUGCCAUUCCAAUUAAUAGAAACCAAUGGUGCCCCUCUUCCUGUCGACUUGUUUCUUAAAUAUAAUAUGGCUGAUUUCAGACAGGAACUUCAUAGGAAGAAAGAUAAGAAGUUAGCAAUAUACUUUAACUUUACUUUCCGCUUUAUAGAUGAUGUUCUCUCACGAAAUAAUUAAAAAUAUGGUUACUAUAAUGAACGUAUAUAUCACAUAAAACAGAUAAAGGAUACAACAAAUACAGUUAAAUCUGUCUCAUAUCUUGACUUGUCUUACAUCUAGAAAUUGACAAUGAGGGUCCAUGGAAAACAAAACUUUUACGAUAAAAGAGAAUAGAGAUGAUGUCAGCUUUUCAAUUGUGAAAUUUCCAUUUUUAUGUAGCAACAUUUCAGCAGCGCCUGCAUACGGAGUAUAUAUCUCCCAAUAACUACGAUAUUUCAGGGCUUGUAUUAUGUAUAUAAUGUUUGUUCUUUUGUUGUUAUUUUUGUAUGAUGUAUUGUGUUCAUUUAUAUAUGCCUUCAACCCCAUUGGGGUAUAAAUGUGCAUUUAUUCAAUAAACUUUUUCUUAUGUA